AUGACAAUAAUAUACCGUCGACUAAUGCUACUGCUGUUAGCAACAGCAACAAUAACAAGAGUACAAGCCCAAGUAGCGCUCUGCCGAAACACGGAUUGGAUCGACGAAGAUGGCUGUGGGUGCGACGAAUACGAUUUCAAUCAAGAAUGGUGCGAUCUGUAUGGCGAGUUUGUCUUUGAGGGGGAAUCGGCCAAUACCGCCUGCUGUGCGUGUGGAGGGGGUCGCAUCGUGGCCGUAGACACGGUCCAAACCGAUCCUCCCAUCAUCUUGGGACAAAAGAAUUGCAUUCUGAGUCCGCCCAUUGAAAUCGCGCCCGGUUUGACGGUCGAGAAUUGGAUUGACAACGACAGUUUGCUGUUUCGAAUGCGAAUUGUCUACGAGGGUGAAGCAUGGAUUGGGAUUAGUUUUGAGAACGAUGGACGGCCUGGAAAACCUCCUUAUGCUGUUAUUGGGAAAUUGGACGAUGAAGCCACUGGAAGGACGAGUGUCAAGAAGUACUUGCUCAACAAUGCCAAUCCGGAUGCUUCGGGAGUGGUGGAAAUGCCACGAGGCUCGCAAACUUUGGAGGAUGCCGAGUUUUUGCAGACGACUUCUGGAAAGACGGUCAUGACCUUUACCAAGCCGACCAAUGAUGUCUUUGACAGUCCUCCACAGGUGGUCACGGAUCGAAGUACCUGGAUCUUUGCCGUCGGCAAUGCCAACAAUGCCUGGACUGGUGCCCAUACCAUUACGGGGAAAUUCAACAUUGCCCUGACGCCCUGUUUUACGAAUCCUUGGGAAAUUACCAAUCCUUCCGUCAAUGGAGGCUUGGUCGAUACCAAUGCGCGACGGAGCUUUUUGGGAGACAAGCCCAACCGGGGAAUCUGGAUCGUCCACGGGAUUGCUCUAGUCAUUGCCUGGGGGAUCAUUGCACCGCUGGGACUCGCUACCACGUUCCUAAAACGCAAGGGCCCCAAAUGGGCAAAGGUGAAUCAAUUUUGCAACACCAGUACCCUGCUCACGACCUGUGCUGGCAUUUUGUUGGGUGUCGUGGCCACUUAUCUAGACGACCGGGCCACGCAUUUGCAGACAUCCCAUGCCUAUUAUGGAGUGGGCGUCUUUGGUGGAUUUUUAAUGUAUUGCCUGUUGGCACUCUACUUUGGGGCCUUGGCGACCCAACACGAAAAGGAGGCGGCCGUACGGCGGGGGCGCAAACGGGCCUCCCGGGAUGCGACGGUACCACGAGCCCGCAACCAAAGGCAAGGGGGCGGCGACGGCGACGGCGGCGACGCAGAUGUCAUUUUGGGCAUGGGCAAUGACAUGGAGGUGCUGCCGGGGGGUUCUCCGCACAAUCCACGCAAUCCGUAUGGAUUUUCCAAUUGGAAUGACAAUGAUUUGGACGACGACGACGACGACGAGCCACCCAAAAAGGCCAGUGGCUUGGAAUGGUUCAGUCGCUUCUUGUUUUUGGUAUGCAUUGGAGUUGCCUACUACACUUGUCAAACGGGAUUGGAUUGGCAAUUCUUACAUUUUGAUUUGGAUUGGGAGCAAUAUUAUUGGGGUUUGGGUGCCGUGGGGGCUGUCAUUUUGGUGUUAUUAUUGCCAUUGAAUGCGUGUCUCCAGGACAAUGGCAGUAGUGGCGGUGGUGGUGGUAGUCGUGUCGGCGUAAUAGAGCAGUAUCAGAAGCAAUCCUCGUCAUCAGCCUAUUAUGGUAGUCCCAAAAGCGUGGCGCUGGGUGCCCAAGAUUCCAUGCAGGGAUCCGUGAUGGAACAACAGAUGCCCAACGAUUACAACCCAUACGAGGCACCCUUUUUCCCAAAGGCAGUGGAGGAAGAUACCUUUUAUCCACCGUUUGAUCACAAUCGGUCAGACGCCGAUGAUUCCAUCUUGGCGGAGCCCCGAAAGACCGUCAAUCAUUAUGGCAACAAUACGAAUCCUAUGAUAGAUGUGAAUAAUAGCACCAAUGCUAAUGGUCAGCUCCAAUACUUGGAGGACGAGGACGCACAACGAAGUCCUAUGCACAAGUCAUGGGACCUUGAUUGUUGUCAACUGUAA